AUGGGUUAUGUUAAUGAUAGAAUGCCUUUAAUAGGAUUUGGAACUUUUCAAAUAAAAUCUUCAGAUAUUUAUCAAUGUCUUGAUGUAGCUUUACAAACUGGUUAUCGUUUUAUAGAUACUGCUCAAUGUUAUGGUAAUGAAAAAGCUAUUGGAGAUGCAUUAAAAAUUUUAUUACAAAAAUAUAACUUAAAAAGAAGUGAUAUAUUUAUUACAACAAAAGUUGCUCCAAAAUUUCAAGGAAAAGACAAAUGUCGGAAGUCGAUUUUAAAAUCUCUUGAAAAAUUACAAACAGAUUAUAUAGAUUUAGUUUUAAUACAUUGGCCAGGAACUGCAAAUCUCUCUUCAGAUAGUAUUAAAAAUUCUAAAAACAGAAAAGAAUCAUGGCAAGAAUUAGAAGAAUUUUACAGACAAAAUGUAGUACGGUCUAUUGGAGUAUCCAACUACAAUAUUGUUCACUUAGAAGAAUUGUUAUCUUAUUGUAAAGUUAAACCAGAAGUUAAUCAAUGUGAAUAUCAUCCAUAUUUUUAUACAUAUGAUUUAGUUUCUUAUUGUAAAGAAAAAGAAAUUCAUUUUCAAGCUUACAGUAGUUUUGGAAGUGCCUCAAAUAAAAAUAUUUUGAUGGAAGAUGAACAAAUUAAAAAUUUUGCUAAAUUAAAAAAUAAAACUACUAGCCAAGUUCUUUUAGCAUGGUCUUUAUCACAGGGAAUCAGUGUUCUUCCAAGAAGUAAAUGUCCUAGUCAUAUCAUUGAAAAUUUUGAAAGUAUUAAUUUAAAAUUGACAGAUUCUGAGAUAAAAUCACUAGUUAAAGAAAAACAACAAAAAUUUUGUUGGGAUCCAUCUAAAAUUAAGUUAAUGUUACGAUUGAUAGCUAAAAAUAUAAACAAAGUUUAUUGUAAAAGAUAUUACUCAGAAACUAUAAAGGAAAAAAGUAAAAAAGAAAUUAGUAAAGGCAAAAGAUUUAUAUACUCAAUAAGUGCAACUAGUGUAUUUUUACUAACACAUGGAGCCUUAUAUCUACGUAGAAGAUUUGAGAACCAAAAAACUGAUUCUUUAGUGGAUACAAUACCAUUUGAUGAUUUUCUUCAUAAUUACUUAUUGAAAGGCAAAGUUUCUUCAAUUGUCUAUCAAGUACCAUUUUCGGUGGCAGAUGUUUAUCUUGAAGAAAAACUUCAGAAUACAAAAUUGUCUGAAAAAGAUAAAUUUAAAUCAGAUUUGGCACUUCGAUUUAUAAAUAAGAAACAAGAAUAUAUUGUUAGAACUCCUGAUAUAAGAGUUAAAUUUGAAGAAGAUUCAAAAGCUUUCAAAGAAAUAAUAAAUGAUGUCAAUGAAAAUAUGAAAAAAAUAAAUGAAGAUUCUUAUAAAGAAAUAAAUUUGUCUAUUAAUGAUUAUCCAUCAAAAGGAGAAUUUUUUAUUAUUUUUGCUACAUCAACAGCACUCCUUGCUUCUAUAUUAUUAGUUUAA